AUGUACGUUCACAAUCAAACUCAACUUGAGGCCAACAAGCUACCAACCUUCACCAUGCUCACCUGGUUUCUCGAAGUGGACGAUCCGUUCAAGAAGUUCGGACUGUUAAUGCUCGGCGUCUUUGUCGGUGCCGCGGUCGCGUCGCAGUGUCUGCCCAAUGACACAAUAGACAAGAAGUUGUCCAAGCAGCAGCAAACCGUCACUCCCGGUGCGCGCGGGCCGACACGAGCGCCGUUCUUACCGUCCGCGAUCCCGGUCGUGGGACACGCCGUCUUCAUGGCCUACCACGCCACCCGGUUCCUGGACUGGGUCACAGACGUCUUCCUGUCACGCAACGGCGCGCCGUUCACACUGCGCUUGCCGUUCCAACGCAACAUGAUCCUCACAGCCAACCCAGAGCACUACGAACAUGUAAUGAAGACGCAAUACGACAACUUCCUCAAAGGCGACCACAUCUACGACCUGCUCGUGGAUCUGUUAGGCGACAGCAUCUUGAUCGUCGAAGGCGAAGAGUGGAAGUUCCAUCGCCGCGUCUUCGUCAACCUCUUCAGCUCUCGAGCUCUACGAGAACACAUGGCUCCUAUCAUUCAGAAACACGUGCGUGCACUGCAGCACGUGCUGACGGAUGCAGCCAAGACACAAGACCCCGUCGACAUGUUCACGUACUCGGGUCGGUUCACACUGGACGCGUUCGGAGAGAUCGCGUUCGGCUUUAACAUGAACACACUUACACUGCAGCACGAGCAUCCGUUCGAACGCGCAUUUGUGGAUGCGCAACAUAUCGUCGCGGCGCGACUGGUCGUGCCCACCUGGUACUGGAAGCUCAAGCGCUGGCUGAACGUUGGCACCGAGAAACGUCUGCGUGACGCGCUCACGACGGUCGACCAGUUCGUCAUGGACGUCAUCUCCAAGACGAUGGACACGUACGGAGCCAAUGAAUCCGAGGGCAAAGCGCAUAGAAAAGACAUUGUGUCGCUUAUUCUGGCGAAUGAGACUGUGGACGGCAAGCCCGUUGACCCCAUUUUAGUACGUAAUGUCGUGCUCAUGGCGUUAAUCGCCGGGCGUGACACGGCCGCGGACGCUAUGGCCUGGCUGUUCCAUCUGCUGACACUCAAUCCUCGCGUGGAGAUAAAGCUGCGUGCCGAGCUGCUGGAUAAAUUGCCUAAACUGGCAACAUAUUUCGACUACGUGCCGGAUAUGCAAGAAGUACAGAACUUGACGUACUUGGAGGCCACGAUCUGCGAGGCGUUGCGACUGUUCUCUCCCGUGGGUUUGGCCCAGAAACUCUGUAUACGCGACACGGUCUUUCCGGAUGGUACGUUCGUACCCAAAGGAUCGAAUAUUGCUCUGGUAUAUCAUGCUAUGGCUCGGAUGCCGGGUGUCUGGGGUGCCGAUGCGGCAUCUUUUGUGCCGGAACGGUUCAUCGACUCGCAGACGGGAGAGAUGCUCAAGGUAUCGUCCGGUAAGUUCAGUGCGUUCAACACCGGCCCGCGUGUCUGUGUGGGACGGAAACUUGCCAUGAUGGAGAUGAAGAUGGUAGUCGCCUGUGUAGUAUGUCGCUUCCACUUGGACGAAGUGCCGGGCCAAGACGUGGCCUGCUCGGGUGGACUCACGAUCGGCAUGAAGAAUCCACUCAUGAUGCACGUACGGAAACUCACAGCGACAGAUGCCGUUGGUGUCGGAGAGGCAGCUUGA